CACAGACCGCCCAUUUCUCCACUCGCCUACAUAUGUCCCAUCACCUCUCUCUUACACAUCAGCUUGCAUACAUAGGCUUUUGACAUGGUCCUCCGCCUGGGUCGUAAUUCCACUCUGACGCUGUUACGAGAGGAGUUUCCCGGUUUGGGGGCCGGAGCCAGCGGAGCCGUCACACAGUUAUUCCUAGAAAUGUCCCUCUACAUUCUGGGCUCGGAUGCUAACGUAAACUACAUGGUCUCUACCUUCUUCUCCCGCCUUUUUCCUUUCGCCUACCGACGUCUGCUUGGAAACGGGGCAGUGACGGGCAUCUCGGAAGAAUGCCUCCGUGGGGCCUGGAGGGGAACCUCUGCGUUCGGGUCGUUUCCCAAGAUGAUGAUGACCCGGCUGUCUCGCUCGCUCCUGGCCACUCGGGUCUUCCUGCAAGCGCUGAACCUGGGCAUCGAAGUGGUCAACACCACCCAGCACCUGCGUGCGGGCAGGGACUGCGGCCGCUCGCUGCUGAAGCUCUGGUACUGCCCGCACUGUCAAGGCCUGCUGGAGGCCCGGCCGUGCCGCCCACUGUGUGUCAGCACCAUGGGGGCGUGUCUGGGGGGAGCAGCAGAGGUGCAGCCUCACUGGAGGGCGUACGUGGAGGAACUGGGGUCACUCGCCGCUGCCAUGAAGGGGGAUCAGGACAUCGAGGCCGUGGUGCUCAGACUGCACGUCAUCAUCAGACAGGCUUUCAAACAAGCCGUGGCGGCCAAAAGCAAAGUCAGCGCACAGGUGAGCGGGAUAUGUGCACACGCACCCCCGCGGGUCUCUCGUGCCGUGGCGCUGUCGGCAGAACAUGCAGCUGCCUCGUCGGUGCCCCACAAUCGUCCUACGGUGAACUUUGACCCCGAUGAGACCCUCUUUGGACGGCGCAGGGAGUUUAUCUCGGGUCUGAGGGGCUUCAGUCAGUUCUACAGUGGCCUCGGAGAAGCUCUGUGCAGCAAAGAGCCGAUGGCACUCAACAGCUCUCUCUGCUGGAACGGACAGGAGAUGACAGACAAGUUUCCUGGUCCAGGGCUGAAGAAAGCCCAUCCACACGGCUCAGAAUCCAAACAAAAGCCACCUGAACCCGUCAUCAGCCAGAUCAUCGACAAACUCAAACACAUCAAUCAGCUUUUGCGGAUGGUGACGUUGCCUGAAAAGCGACGGAGGGCUCGACCAGGAGGGGGCGCUGCGAGGAGAGACCCAGCCGGACAGGGCCAGGCAGACGAGGAUGAGGAGGGUCUAGAAAGUGGGGAUUGUGAUGAUGAAGAUGAGUGUACUGGUGUUUCUGGACUCGGGCCGCCUCCGAGACGCAAACGCCUGCGCAUCUUUGCAGACUUGGCAGAUAACUUGGCAAUUGACGACUUAACGCUUCACGAGUUGCUCCUGACUCCCAGACUGGCCACAGACCCCCACAGCGGCACAUCCGUACCUGGAUCGGCACGGGCAGCACAUUGUCCUAGUGCAACCUUCAUCUUUGCCAUCGUCAUCUUCAUAACAUUGGGCCUUCAGUGAUCGCUCCUGUUUGAAGAGAAACGCUAAUGAUGCCCAUGUGUACAUACAGCUCCAUAAUUUUGGCCAAG